CCGCCAGAGGGCGCGGCGACAUCGCACCCCGCAGCCACGCGGAAGGAAGCGGCCGCCCCGCGCGCGGACUACAGCAACCGGGGUUGAAGGGCGACGGUGGCCCCGCAGCAUGCGCGUGCCGUGGAGCUCCUGCCGGUGGCUGUUCGCGCUGCGUGCGGGCGGCCAACCCGCUCCGAGGGCUGCGUUCGCGUGCGGGGGGUCGCGCGCUGCUCCCGGGAAGAUGGCGCGCUACGCGACGGAGGAGAGGGGCUGCCGCAAUUCGGCCGACUACAGGAUUUAUUUCAAAACAUCGGAUGGAAAGUACAUCUCACCCUUUCAUGACAUACCACUGUAUGCUGGCAGAGAGCAGGAGAAUGACGUUCCGUCAUCUAAGAAAAUUAAGAGGAACGAGAGUGAGGUCCUGUUCAACAUGGUUGUGGAAGUUCCCCGAUGGUCAAACGCCAAGAUGGAGAUCGCGACCAAAGAACCGCUGAACCCGAUCAAGCAAGACGUGAAGAAGGGCAAGCUGCGCUACGUCGCCAACGUGUUCCCCCAUAAAGGCUACAUCUGGAACUACGGCGCCCUCCCGCAGACCUGGGAAGACCCGAAUCACACAGACAAGGACACAAAGUGCUGCGGUGACAACGACCCCAUAGACGUGUGCGAUAUCGGCUCCAAGGUGUGCUCUUCUGGACAGGUGAUCCAGGUGAAGGUCCUUGGUGUUCUGGCAAUGAUUGAUGAGGGGGAGACGGACUGGAAGAUCAUCGCCAUCAAUGUCGAGGACCCCGAUGCGCCGGCUUUAAACACCAUCGAAGACGUGCGAAGGGAAAGACCUGGACAUUUGGAAGCGACCUUCGACUGGUUCAGGAAGUACAAGAUCCCGGAUGGAAAGCCAGAGAACCGGUUUGCGUUUGACGGCCAGUUCAAGGACAAGGACUUUGCAGUGGAGGUCAUCAAGUCCACCCAUGAGCACUGGAGGGCGCUGGUGAAGAAACAGGCUCAGGGGGGAGAGAUCGACUGCACCAACGUGUUAGUGAGCGAGAGCCCCUUCAGGUGCAAUGAGAGUGAGGCGAGCGACGUGGUGAAAUCGGCUCCACCGUGCGGGAAAGCUGCUCCCACCCCGGCUGAAGUGGACAAGUGGCAUUUUCUGAGUGGAACCUGGGCCAAGUCUCAAGUUGUCUGAAGCAAUGACUUUUGUUGUUUUUGAAAUUCAGCUGCUUGAAGCAGAGUACUAUAACCAACAAUGUAUUCUACUGCAGUACUUGUUCUGUAAGUUGGACUGUAAAAGAUCAUUUUUGUAUAACCUGAUAUAGAAUGCAUAACCGCUGUUGUACUUCUUAGCUAUUAAAAAGCAAAUAGUUCCCCCCUCCCCCUUUUCUCAUUUUGAUUGUAUGCAUUUUAAUUAUUUUUCUCCGGUUGUUGUGGGGAAGUUGGGUUUAAUGAUGAUACAAAGAAAUAUUUUUGUUUUGCAGCCAUUGGAAUUCUCAUGAAUAGAUUGUUGAUUUUUGUUUAACUUUAUAACUUGAACGGGAAUGAUAUGUGUCGGAAGCACUACCACGAUAUUAGAAGAUUUAAGAAUCAAUUAAUUUUCUGUUUACACCCCAAACAAUUUACUGAGUGUUUUGUCAAUUACCAAUCGAUUUACUUCUCCGGGUUCCAUAACUUUCACACGUUUGAUAUGCUUUUGCACGCGAGCUUUGCGUGCAACUGUAUUUUGUAGAAGUGCACUCAUUCGAUUUGUGAAGUCUAAAUAUUCCUUUUCUGAAAGAAUGCAUUCAUCUCUCGUACAGUGCGUGACAGCAUUUGCUCUUAAUUUUGUGAGUAAAGAGAAAUAACGAAAGACCGUGCGAACUGUCGUUUGACCCCAGCACGAUCUCCUGCUGCCUCCAAGUUCAAAGGUGUUCCAAGAGAGGCCUUCACUCGUAGGCGUCGGCCCCACAAGUGUCAACAUUCAAGAGCUUUUGUGAACGGUUGAUGGUCAAGUGCUCAUUCAGCUGUCGAAAGAACAGGGAUAUUUCCUGUGUUUACAGUAAAGAUUUUGCCUCUCACCUUUUCACUGACCACUACGCAGACAAAAGAGAUAGGGGACUUCAGAAUGUGCUGUGAAUAAAUAUAAAUUUAUUAAAAACACCCACAUUUCAGCAAUAUCAGGAAUGAUAUAGUAAACAGCUUUCAAAUAAACUGCAUUCAUUACAAUACUUACAUUAUUUAUAUCUGUUCUUAAUUCCAUUUGUAGCAUACCAAACAUCAGGAGAACAAUAGAAGCGGUAAAAAAGGAAGGACAAAGACCAGUAAAGAACACAGAAAAUUUCAUAACUUUUAGUGUCUAACCGCUAAAUACCAGCACGCGUGUACAUUAACUGCUAGCUUAACGUAAGAGGCCUGCACCCUUGCCCCACCCCCUCCUGCAAUGCUCCGCCCUCCAGUCAUGCCCCGCCCUCUCCUGCUAUGGCCCACCCACACAUUAGUCAAGCUCUAAGUCAUUCAAGUAAAGUUGACUCCGCACAGAUCACUCCAACUUCAAGUAUGGCUAAGCUUAUCACCUGUAGUAUCCCAGAAACCCUUCUCAAUCACAACCUACCGAUGCCGCGUACUGUACACACACACACAAAACAAGUUACACUGAUUUUUCUCCACAAAAAAAACCAACAUUUCUUUUACAGACGUUUUCUACGCGAUCUACCGAAGGUGCGAUGUGGUCGUGUAAACUACGAAGUGCCGUGGCCGCGCGCGGCCUUCGUCGCGGCGUCGAACGGUCCUGGAGACUCUACGUCCGGGAACCUGAAGGCGGGUGUCGGGGUUCAACAAUGGAGAAGUACACAAGCUACACGCAGUGAUGUACAAGUGCAGGAUUCGAAAUUACCACGACGUAAAACUUCUGCAAUGCAAACACAUGGUAUAUACACAACGACGUGGCAUAAUUUAUCUUAGAACACAUUUACAAUAGUCUGCCUUGUUCUUUUAAAUAAAAUGCUUUAUUUUCACUUUUAGUUCAUUUAUUUCUUUUGUGAAAAAAAAAAAAAAUUGGAAGUGCUUUUAGAAAAGUAUUAGGUAAGUCGAGAGGGGGUGCUCGGAACUCCUGUGUAACCGACGCCCAUCGAAUAUCACAGAGAUUUAAAAGAUAGUUAGUCAAGAAGUAGAUGCUUAAUAUAG